AGGGUCCCUCCUAUAAAUUGAAUGAAUUUUCUUUUCUGUCAACACUGCGGCAAAGACUCGAGAACGAAGCUGAUCAGAUAUUGAGCAAAGAAGCAUACAUUCCUUUCUUAGAUCGACACCAUGUCAUCGUCAGACAUGACCUCGGGGGAUUUUAGGACUACAUUCCAGUGGGCGGGGAAGGAGCACACUCACUUCAAACCAGAAAUGAACGUUGUAGCUGGACGUGAUGUGUAUAACAUGACCUCAGAAGACAGGCACCGACUGAAAGUAGAUGUAAAGAAAGCCCGACAAAUUCCAGUAGAGGUGCCCAGUCAAAAUCCGUCCUUCAGGAGAUACAGAUCGGAUUCCACGAGCUCUGAUACAGGGUCCAUCAGCCCCGUUGGUUCCCCCACUUCUUUCGGUCCAAUAUCCGUCCCCUCAUCUUCACUACCGUCUUCGACGUCGGGCAGAUUUUUGCAGCGUGCGUUCAGUUUGGAGAAGACACGUCCCACAUCUGCAGAAAAGUACUUCAAAAACGAAUUUGACAUAAAAUGGCAAUAAAAUUGUCUUUCUUUUCGGUUAGACGGGUGUAAAUAACGGACUAGUCCAUGCUUAUGGCAUUAGUUUAUCAUCAUCGAUAUCAUGAUUUCUGCGAUCUCGUAUUCAUUUCUAACAUUUGUCCAACAUAUUGACUUAAUUCCACAUGGACGUUAAAAUUAAAUGUUUGUGUAUAAAUGUACAUAAGGUAUGUUAGCAAUUUUUUUUUCAACGAGCACCUGAAUUUUGCAUUUUGUAUGUCACGAUUUCAGUUUUUGUUCAUUGUUUGCCAUAUAUGUUUGCACUGUCUUAUAUUUUUUGUAAUUUGCUGUUCAUUGAAUCAUGUUGCACGUUACUAGGUGCUUCUAGCGACAUAGUGCUAUCAUCUCGAAUUAUGUAAAAGAAAACUUUACUGUUUUUGACGAUUAAAUUUGUUGAAUA